AUGGCGACGUACUGCAAGAAGGUAGAGUUGGAGAGGUUCCAUGCGUUCCUAAUCUUGACAGCCGGCCGAUUAACCGAGAACGACUUGAAACUGGCGUGGAGAACAAGUUCAAUUAAUAAGAAAUUCUUCCUCAUUCGCACGAAAAUUGACGAAAAUGUCCGAGCAGGGAGGCGAAAGAGGUCAUUCAAUGAAGAGGACAUGCUACAGAAGAUUCGAAGCGACUGUUGCGAAAACCUGGGUGACCUGCUGAGCGAUGUGCGAGAUAUAUUCUUGAUUAGCAAUCACGAUCGUGACAAGUGGGAUUUCGCCCGACUACUACAGGCCAUUCUGAAUGCAUUGCCAACAUACCAGAGAGAGACUCUGGUCUUGUCGCUCGGCAAUGCCGUAACAAAUGAUAUUUUUCAAAAAAAAAGUUGA